AUGGAGCCUGGCCGUGCGCCAUCGUGCGCGCCGCCACCGUUCGCGUGUGUCGCCCCCGCGCUCUUCCUCGGCAAUGCGCGCACCGCGGGCGAGUCAGAAUUGCUGGCGCGCGCGGGCGUCACGCUAUGCAUCAAUGUCUCCCGCCAGCAGCCGGACCCUCGCGCGCCCGGCGUGGCCGCACUGCGCGUGCCCGUGUUCGACGAUCCGGCCGAGGACCUGUUAGCGCACCUGGAGCCCACCUGCGCCGCCAUGGAGGCUGCAGUGCGUGACGGCGGUGCCUGCCUCGUCUACUGCAAAAACGGCCGCAGCCGCUCGGCCACCGUUUGCACCGCCUACCUCAUGCGGCACCGCGGCCUCAGCCUGGCGCAGGCGUUCGAGGCGGUGAAGCGCGCCCGCCCAGUGGCCGAGCCCAAUCCAGGCUUCUGGUCUCAGCUCCAGCAGUAUGAGGACCUGCUCCGACCCCAGCCCUGCCGGCCCCCGGCGCCUCCGGGGACAGUUCUUCCCAGCGAGGACCACCCCACGGAGUGCUCCGAGGACCCUGUAGAGCGUGCUUAG